GGUAUGAUCAAGAUAUAGAAUUUCGACGAUUCUAAUGUUUUGGUGUUACGAUUAACUUUGGUGUCAUUCAGAAUGUCUGAUUGAUUACCAUUUGAUCAAUGCCAUAAUCAUUACAGACACGGAUAACACAAUGGGAAACCCCACCGCUUUUUAAAAAGGAUGAUUCACAUGAAAAUGCAAUAGAAAUGGCGGGAAUGCCUAUAAUUCCAGUGGAAUCAAGAAGUUUGCUGUUAACUGAUUUUGAAAGGGUUUAAAUAUAUAUACCUGCUGGUAAAAUGUCGGCAGAGUAAAAUAAAAGGAGAUGGAGUUUUCUUGGAAUCUGUGUCAUCAUAUCCACAAAUUUUAUAAAUUGAUAAAAUAGACAUGCCACUUGUUUGUUGAAGGAGAAACAAAGUCAAGCUUUUUAUCUCAUGAAGUAUCCAGAGCAUAAGUUGUCAAUGGAAACGGCUUUGCCGUCAUCAGUACAAAGUUGGCUCGGGAAUGAACUGGAGAUAAGAGGUAUUGACUCUGUUAUUUACUCACGAUACAUAAUUCACCUGCUUCUUGAAGAUCACGACGAAGAAUGCAUGGAGUAUUUGGAACUUUUCUUCAAUCCAAGACUUGAUGUCAAAAGCAAAGUGAAAAGAAGAAGAUGUUCUCGCAGCCAAGAAGAAAAGAAAAAAAAGGCUGCCAUUGAAUGUCUUCAGGCUGUCUCAGACGAGAAUUGUGGCAUUGAAAAACUUGUAGAAGAGCUUUGCACUAAAUUGAAAGAACUAAGUCAGUCAUCAGGUUCUGAUGACACAGACCAAGGAGACAGCACCCCUUCCCUAAGUGAUGGAAGUUCUUCUGAAUUGGAAGAUCCUGCUGAAAGAUAUUAUGCAGCAUUUCCUGCCCUUACUGGACAAAAUGAAAAGUCACCAACUUUUGAAAACUGUCUACAUAUGUCCAGUAUUUGGAAAGAUAACCCAUGGACAAAAGAACCACCGGAUAAACAACUUGCUAAAAUGAACAAAUAUAAGAAGGCACCCAAACAAAAGUAUGAACGAAAACAAAGGAAGAAGUCGUCACCAAAUUCUGCUAAUUUAAAAAAGCAAACCCCAGAAAAACCUAUUCCAAAGCCAAAAUAUAAACCAAAUGAAAAUUUCCAUGCAAGAUUUAUGAGCUGGCCUCAAUCAGAAUUUGUUCCAGUCAAUAUUUUAGAUAAACAAACAAAUGAAGAAAAGAAGCUUUGUCAACAAGUAGAAAAUAUCCUCAAAGAAAUGCUCCUCCAUGGACAUGAUAAGAAAUUCAAAGAAAGAUUUGAUAUUGAUGGAUUUAUCAGUCCAGAACUUCAGGAAAAUGCCUUUUGGUACACUAAGCAGUUUGCCGAGUUGAUAACACCAGUUGAAUCGGGUCAAAGGUUAUAUGAAAGACACAGCUGUCCAUUCUUCCAUAACAAUGAUGUAUUUAUAGAUCCAGAUAAAGUAUCAAUCGAGGAUGAAAAGGAACAGGUACCACAGGACGAUCAGUUUGGAUUGCAGGACUUGAUGAAAAACCAAGAGUUACAAACUGUGGCAGAAAGUGUCCUUCAGAAUGUUGAUGAAGAUUUUUCAAAGAAAGAAGAUGUGCAAGAAGUUCAGGCAGAAGGUCCAUAUGAUAUGCAUAAAGAUAUUGGUGGAUUAUUACUCUUGGACGGGGAAAUCUUGCAGCCAAAUACAUCUCCAUAUGACAACCAAGGAGAUUUUCCUGUUAUUGGUUUAAAUCAGCAUGAAGAUCUGUGGUCAACACUUGUAAAUCAAAGUGAGAACAAAUUAAUCUGUCAGCCUGGAAGGAAUUGGAAAGAUGAAAAUAUAUCACAGAUGGAACAUCAGAACUUAUAUGAUUGUCCAGUUUUUCAAAGUUUGGAAAACCAGAUAGGUAAUGCUGAUGAAGUUUCUUUGCCUUCAUGGAUGUUUUCUGCCAAUAAAACAGAAAUGGAUUGUUACGGAUGUGAUGAAACAGCGGGACAAGAAAAUGAGAACUAUUCUCAACUUUGGGAUAUAAACAUAUGGAAUAAACAGCAGAGAGAAAAUGGCAUGUUCCUGGAUGGAUUUAACUCUACUUUUGAUGAUUUUAAAUCAGGAUUGAACCAGUUACCAGACAAAGGCAAUAGAAAUAGUGGAGUAUUCAAUAUCAACUUAAUAAAUGAAGGCCUGGAGUCAUUUGAUCUGUUAGAAGGGGACAACAUCAAUACUUUAAUUCCCAAGAUAACUUUUGAACUUGAUGACCUUGAUGAAUCGACCCAUGAACAUAAGGAUGAUGAUCAACAGAAUUUUCCGCGAACAUAUGAUCGCAGUAUUUCUUUAACAGAUGUACAUUUGUUGAAAUCUUUGAGAGAUAAUCAGCUAGCUUCUACAGAUAAAUUAUCCAAAAGUUUCGAGUUGAUUCCAUCAAAUAACUCUGCUUUUAAAGAUGUUAUUCCGAGAAAAAUGACUCAUGUGCAGAGUGACUCUAAUAUUUGUUACUUUAACUACUCUACUUUGAUUGAUUUUGAAGACAAUGUGCCUAAAGUUCAAAAUGAAGAAAAAAAUGAGAACUUAUAUUUGUCACCUAAGACCCAUUUUCGUCCAAUUUCGGCCAAGGUGGAAGAGGAUUUAUCAGAUUUACACCUGAGAGAUCUGUUUGGUGGUUAUUCUUCCUCUACAACUCCAUAUCAGAAGUUUCAAGAAGUUACUGACUCUGGAGAUGAAGAUUCAUUUAUUCCGAUGUUCAAAGUUUGUAAACAACAUGACAAAAACAUACAGACAGGUUCAAGUUUUGAUGACCAACCAGAAAACAAUGAGAAAAUGUCUUGUGAAGACAAAGGGAGGCCACCUGAAGUAGUAAAAGAGGAAGAGGAAGAGGACAUAGAAUUCAUUCAAGACUUUGAUGUUUAUGGCUAUGUAGACAGUUUAACAGCAUCAGCACAAAAUACUCCUCAAAAUGUAUUGGACGUGGCUUGUAACACAUGUUUUGACUCUGGAUAUGAAGAGGCAAAUGAUGAUGAAAAAGUUCAAGAAGAAAAAAGUAACUGGCUUACUGUUAAUGAAAGUCAUAGACUCAGAAAAGCUAAAACAAUGGAAUGGCAUCACCCAGAGAAAAAGGAAGAGAAGGUUCCAGCAGAUAACCAAGAUUUAUGGGGAGAGAAAUGGUCUCAUCCACAGAAAAAUGAAGAACCCAUGGAGAACCAAGAUUUAUGGGGAGAGAACUGGUCUCAACCACAGAAAAAAGAAGAACCUAUGGAGAACAAAGAUUUAUGGGGAGAGAAAUGGUCUCAGCUGCAGAAAAAUGAAGAACUGAUGGAGAACCAAGAUUUAUGGGGAGAUAAAUGUUCUCAGUCGCAGAAAAAAGAAGAACCAAUGGAGAACCAAAAUUUAUGGGGAGAGAAAUGGUCUCGUCUGCAGAAAAAUGAAGAACAGACAGAGAACCAAGAUUUAUGGGGAGAGAACUGUUCUCAGCCGCAGAAAAAUGAAGAAUUGACUGAGAACCAAGAUUUAUGGGGAGAAAAAUAUUCUCAACAACAGAACAAUGAAGAUUUGACAAGUAAUAUUGAUGUUUGGGUAGAGAAAUGGCCUUCACAGCAGAAAAAUGAGGAUGAGGCACCACAAGAUAAUCCAGAUUUUUGGGGGGUAAAUGAAUCUGAACAUGAUGGAGAAAUAGGCUGCAGUAUUCAAGAAAAUGUAUGGAGCAGCACUGACGAUAGCAAUUUUCCAGAUAUGUUUUCUUUCUUCACAGAAGACUGUGAUGAUCUUAAACCACAGGAAACUACAGCUGUCCAUGCACCACCGUGCUAUUUGUUUGAUGCUGUUUAUUCUGAAUCUGAGAAAUGUAGAGAAAUACCAUCAAAAGAUAAUGAUGUUACUAAAGUACAUCUGGUCAUUGGAAAAGGAAAGAAAGUUCUCCAAGAUAUAGAAAACUGUCCUCGAGAUAACUCUGUUUCUGAGCCAAUUUAUGUGAAGGGUUACAUGCCUAUGCCAAGAGUUGCUGUUUAUUCCUGUGAACUUGAAAAAGAAUGGUUAGAUAAAGAGUCUCCAAAGUCUAAUGGAAAGUCUUCUAAGUUUGGCAAAUUACUUCACAGAUGUAUGCAUUACGCAUCUAUGGUCUGUGCAGAUUUUUCAGGAUUGCCUGAGGCUGAACUUGGACCUUUAUAUCGUUCAGGAAGAAAACCAUGUACAUUUUUUAUGGAAGGAAGCUGCAAACGAAGUGACUGUAAAUUUUCCCAUGAUUUGUCCAACAUUACUUGUAGAUUCUGGGAGGAAGGAGAUUGUUUUAAAGGUGAUCUCUGCCCAUUCCUGCAUAGUUAUUAUGUUUCUGAAAUACCAGUUGAUAUCAAAGAAAAUGUUGAUGAUUAUUUUGAAUUUCAAGAAGAGGAGUUUCCACAGCUUUCUAAUCAAAGUAAGAGACAGAAACAAAAGAUAUUAAAAUCUGAGAAGUCAAAUACUUUUGUUGAAUCAAGGAAAAUUUACAGGACAAAUGGAUCCAAGCAGAAAUCCGUAAAAUUAACAGAAAAAAAUGAAAAUUAAGUUGUGUACAUAAUAUUUACAUAUCUGCAUCAGUGAUAAAACAUUUUGAACUUUAUCCUAUGUUUAUCUUUAACUCUUAAAACAAUCAAAAUUGUCAACAACACAAAUGUAUAAAAUUUGGCUAAAAGAGGCUUCAUAAAAUAUUCAUUGAAAAAAUGCAUAAUUUGGAACAAGGUUUUAAAAUUUACGCUUUUUUUUUUUUUUUUAAAUCAGCUUUAUAGCUUGUUCUUACCAUUCAGCAAAGUUUCAUUUAUAAAGAUUUAUUAUUGUAUUCAGUCAUUUUGAAAUAUUAUUACCUUAUUAAUCAUUUUGCAGAUAACUUUCAUUUCCAUAUAAGAGAUUAAAUACAGCCUGUUCUUGAUUUAUGCAUGUAUAACAUUAAAGAAAUUAAAACUCUCCUGUUUAAAGAUCAGAUUUAUAAAUAUGUGUUUUUUUUUAUAUCACUGUAACGGUUUUGUAAGUUUACAAUAGAAAUUAAAUGGCAAAAAAAUUUACACACUUGUUUCUGGCAAACAAGUUCUUUCAGGAAAGAUAAGUAAUAUUCUGUGUUGGAUUGUGACUGUAGAUUUCUUUGCUCAUAGAAAGUUAUAGAAAAUAUUUAAAAACACUUUCUGCAGGAGAGUUCAUGUAUAUAAAAUUGUUUUUAAACAAAUGUUUGUAGUAUAUUGAAGUUUAUUCAGAUUUUUAAAACAAAAUGUAUAGUACUAAAGUGCAAGUUUGGGGGUCUUUUUUUGUACAAUUGAUAAAUAGAAGAUAAGAAAUGAGGUUUUAGCCAAAAGGAAAUUCAUUUGAUAUUUGUCUGAAGAGUUAAUUAUUGAAAGUUAAAGAGUUUGAAAUGGAACAUUCUUGUUUAUCAGAUUUUUUGCAAAUUAAAGAAAAUAGAAGGAAAAAAAUGAAUCUUACGCAUUAAAUAAUGAAGUUGUUAAAUGAAGAGUUUCCAUUUUAAACUCCUUGAACCUUUAACAUUCUAGUGCUCAUUGUUAAAGAGCCUCUUGUACAAUUGUUGCCAAGUUUAUGUAGAGCAAAAUUCUGUUACAGAAUGAAAAAAUAUAUAUGUGUGUGUGUAGAUUUUUUUUAUUAAUACUCCCUUGAUUUUCAUAAUUGUUACUUUCAGUUAUUAGUUUUGAUUUUCAACAUGUUUUAUUUAAUGCUAUCAGUGUUCAAAGAAUACUGAGGAAUUAUAUUAAUAACAAGUGUGCCAUUAUAGCUAUGCACCAUUUUAUUGUAUGACUUGUGGUGAUGUUCAAAAAUUUUGUUAGUGUUGUUCAACAACUGUUUUUUUUUUCAGUACUCAUUGGAAAUUUUGGAAGUUUAUUUGUAAAUUCUCAAAGGUUACUCAAAGUAUUUGGGAUGACUAGAUUCUUGAAACACCAUAGUCAAUGAUGAUACAAGUAAUCAGUGAUUUUUCUCUCAGAAAUUACAAUCUUAACAUGGUUUAUUCAGGAAAGACCAAAAAGAAAAGUUUUUGUGACAAUUUUUUCAUCUUGAAUUGUAUACUGGAUAAUCCAGUACAAGCCACUUUCUUUGCUGUUGUGGUUUUACUUUCUAAUAAUUGUUAAACAAUUAAGGAGAAAUAAAACCCUUAACUGUACUAAUUAGGAAAAUUAACAAAUUGUUGAUCAAAAAUAUUUUUGAUGAGGUGUUUAAAGAUAUGCAAAACCAAAGGAUAUCAAAACAUUUUCAUUUUAAUUGUUAAAGUUUCUUUUAUAGAAUAAUAAAAAUGCCUGAAAACUAAGAAAAGAAUGAUAAGAUUGCAUAGUUAAAAUUUAAAAUGAAAUAGUUAAAACUUUGUGUGUAGAAUAAAUAAGAAUGCCUGAAAACUAAGAAAAGAAUAUUAGGAUAGCAUAGUUGAAAUUUAAAAUAAAAUAAUAUGUUGUAUAUAGUUUAAAAGAUAAGAUUUAAACAGCAUAAUCAUCAGGAGUCGGUUUCACCAAAAAACUUUUGACUAAGAUCAAUCUUAUGUCAUGAACAGUUCAGUAUACUAACGAUCAAUCUUGGUCGUAAGUUUUUUACUGAAACCAACUCCAGGGUCUACUAUCAUAUCCAGUACCUGUGAGUGAGAUAAAAUGAUGGGAUGCCAACCUUAUUUCUUUAUUAAAUAAAUAUUUCAAAGAAUCAGAAACUCUACGCCUUUCUUUUUUCUUUCUCUUCUCUAUACUUUCUUAUUUCUUUCUCUUCUCUAUACUUUCUUAUUUCUUUCUCACUGUUACUAUUAAUUUUCCUUCUAUGAUUGAUGCUUAUUUCAAAUGGGCCAGAGUAGAACCAUUCAAAAGUAAUAUGAAAUUCAAUGUAAAGGAUGGGUUUCAAUUUGGAAAAUCCUCAACUGAAUCAAACUUUACUUUACACUGAAGGGAUCACGGGGAAAACAUGCCUCUUCUUGGGAAAGUAUUUCACCGAUUCUUCGUUUUACAUUUAAAAGGUGAUUUUUUUUCUCCAUUAAGUUUCUAUUAAAGUCCAAGAUGACCACCAUUGCUGAGCAAAGUGUGUAGAGGAAAUUGCUGAAUAAUGUGUCAUCCAAUCCUUUGAUAAGUGAGCGUAAAGGUCAGAUGGGUUAUACCAGCUCAUUCAAGUUUCAUGGUGUACAAAAAAUGGCAAAGGCUGACAUAACAAAACACUUCAAUAAGUGUAGUUUGAUAAUAUAUUAUACAAAAUGUAUAAUGAUGGUAGAAAUCAGACUUACAAAAUGUCAUUUAAAAGUAGCUAUAUAUAUAUAUAGUGACAUGCUUUACAUUUCAAGUUAAAAUGAUGUUAAAUUGUAAAGGUAUUUUAAAUUUUGUGUAUUUAAAAAAAACCUAUUAUAAGAACAAGUCGGGAAUUAAGGUUGGCAUUGCUGUUUAUAUCUGUAAAAUGAAUAUCCGUUAAUAAGUAGUAUUAGAUAGUAUUAGAAAUAAUCUUAAACAUGGUAAAUGUUGUGUGUAAUUGUUUUGUGUGUGAUGUAUGAGUGUUGGGUUUUGUGUGAUGUAUAAAUGUGGGGUUGUGAUUAAUUUAUUUAAUAAUUGUUUCUGUUGUCUGAAGAUUGUUAAGUUUGUAAAAGAUUUUUUAUUUUGUUUUCUGAGUAAGAGCUGCAAAAGGAAAACAUUUGAAAGUUCUCUGUUGUUUUAGCUCUUAUACAAAUGCAGAUUUAUCAUGUUAAAAUGAAUGAUGUGUGCUUAACAUACAAAAUAUCCAAGUCCUGUUUAAUACCAGGUCAGAGCCUUUUUUUUAAUCUGUUAAUUGGUAUUCUCAUUAUUUAUAUUAUCAACAAGUUUAAAAAGUUGAUUUCUUUUUACAUUAUUGGAUGUUAUGAAGUAACUCUAGGUCUAGAUGGUUUGGAACCAAACAGUAUUGAUUAGCAGUUCCUAGAUCAUAUUAGUAUUUAAGUGUGGGUGUCAAUUCUAUGACUACAAGCAAGUCAGUUUUAAUGUUCAUGGAAAAAAUACUUAUUUUCAAGCUUGUUUAACUGUUAAACCAGAUGGAGGACAAUUCCAUUCAUAUCAUGGAGGCAAGCACAAGAAUCUUAACACAUUCAAGGUUAUUUUUUAAGUGUUGAGACAAACAGAAAAAUUGUAACAAAAAUUAGGGCAUAUGGUGUAUUAAUUCAUGAGACAAAUUCCCUACACAGACUUUAAUAACCAAACCCAAAUCAAGCAAAGGAACUUUGGUUUUUUUUUACUGUUUCUUCAUCUCAAAGUCAUUAUGAGGCUUUCAACCCAUAUCAAAAGCUUAAACCUCUUUGCAAUCUCAAUUCUAUGUAUAAAUAGUAAAUAUAAAUAUUAUACAAAGGUUAUGUUAAGUAUCUACAUCACUUGUAUAACAUGAUAUCUCUGUUUAAAUAAAUAAAAAAAAUGCAGUUCACGAUGAACAAAUCCCGAUCACAUAUGUUUUACAGGGACAGUAAUUGCAUUUAAAAUGAACAAAACAUGUUUAAGAAGUGUUCAUGUGCAUGAAUGGAGAUCGUAUACAAGAUUUCUCUUCUUAAAUUAAAUGUACAUAAAAGAACUAAAAUUAUUAGUCAAUUGUUUUUGUAUUUUUUAUUUUUAUAUAAACUAACCAUUAAAAAAGGAAAGCUUUAAAGCAGAUAGGAAGUAUGUAAGAAAUGAAUAAGACCAAGUCAAGUUGAUUCUAGUCAUUUAUAGACAGAUGUUGCUUUGAUAUAACCAGAUGUAAAUGAUAAUCAGACGUGAAUAAACAGACACAUUCAAACGAUAAAUUUUUAACCAAAACUGGCUAUGAUUAUAAGGCAACAGGUGUAAACUGCUAAAAAUAAACAACCAGUUAAAAAAAAAGCUUACUUUAAAAUAUUAAUGCUUAGUAAAAAAGUGGCUUGUAUGGAUUUACAUAAUGUUUAGGAUUGUAUCUAAAUUUUAUUGUUUUUCUUUGCAAGUAGUUGUGUAAACAACUAUAACCUAAAGCUAAGUUGAUUGCAUGUUUCUCAGGAUGUUAAAAUUAGAUAGUUUUUAAUUUGUUGGUGUUAACAUUGAUUAUAUGAUUGUUUGUUCCUUAUGACAAAGUCGGAGAAUAUAUUAUCUAUGUUGUUUGUUAGAAGAAGUUGCUGAUGUCUAAAAUGAUUAGUGUUUAUUCCGUCAUGGUAGAAACAUGCAUUCAAUUUUAUGUAGUAUGGGUUUUUGACAGUACUAUUUUACUAUAUUCACUAGUUUUUCUUUAAAAGAAGAAAUAUGACUGGACAAAAGAAGCAACUCCAGCUUCUUUUUUAUUUUAUUUUUUUUUGUAAGGGAGGGACAUGUCAAAUAUUCUGUUUUACAUAAAAAUAUUAGGAAUUAUGACUGGACAUUACUUCAAUAGUUUAAGAAGAUCUGAUCGCAAGUUGUAUGAACUUUUUGUGGAAGGGGAUGAAACUUGCAUUUAUGGAAUAGCAAUUUGAAUUUUGCAACAUAAAAUUGCAUUUAUAUGCCAACAUAAAGUUACAUUUAUACAGGGAAAAUUUGUGUUAACUUUCAUGUAACAUUGCUUUUUUCUUUUUUAUGAACUAUAUGAUUAAAUGUCUGAUAUCAGUCUGUGCAGAUAUAUAUGUACAUAUUUACACUGAAUGUUGGGUGUUUUGAAUAGGUUAUAUCAAAGCAGUUUAUUAAUGCUUUACGUUUAAAGAAGUCAUGAAUUUUGAUCGUAAAUCCAUAAUCUGAAAAGAAAAAAUGGAAAAAAAAAGAAUAAAUCAUUUAUAUGUAUAUUUACAUUAAUUCAUCGUUAGAUUUCAUUUAAACUCAUACAACCAUAUAGUCCUAUAAGUCCCAGUAGAAUCCUUCCAUCUUUUAUCCUUAAUAAUCAUAAAGCAUAUUUUACUUUUUCAUACAGAAAUAACUUGCAUGAUUGUUUUUUUAUAACACUGAAAUGAAUGACUUUUUAUCUUAAAAAAAAAUUCAGACAAAAUAUACAAAAGAAUAUGUUGAAACUAGUAAAAGUCUGUCGUCAUAUUCCUUUUGGAAAAUUUCAAAAUUUCUUCUUGUCCGAGAUUCCCUUUUCAAAGAAUAUAGGGAAUGAAAACUUGAUAAAAAAAUGUAAAGCCUUUUUUAAAAAGAUACAAUUUUAAGUUUUAGUUAGUCCUGGACAUAGUUUCUAUGUUCUGUUUCUGCCUUCACCAGACUGAAAAGUGAACAAAUGGUUUACAAAUUGACCAAAAAUGUCUAGUUGCUUAAAAAAUGAUAAAAAGUAAACAUUGCAAUUUUUGUUUAGAGAAUGUAAAUAUUUCAGUGUGCUGUGGUCCUUAAAAUGCCAUGAACUUGAACCAAUUUAAAACAAAGUAUAUAUAAGAAGAAAAAAUUUAAUAUUUGCCAUUAAAUAUGGUUUCUUUGUAUGAAUGGAGGUGGCAUCUGUUAUAGUUUUACCCAGAACAAUGUUUUGUGUUCAUCAUUUUAGUUUAUGUAAGAAAGUUUGGAGUAUGUAUGUAUGUACAUUAUUCAUCUGUUUGUCAUUGUUAUGUUACACCCUCAAAAUCCAUAUUCCAUGAUUUUACAUUUAAAAAGUAAAAUAUUAAUGUUUAGCAUAAAAAAAAUAUUAUUUAAUGUUGUUGAUAAAUAUUGGUGCCGACAUUUUGAAAUCUAUGCACAUCUUUAUGGUUGAUGUGUUAUAAGAAUUUUACAUUGAUGCAUAUAGAGACGAAAUUUUCUUCAAUCUUCUAAAGUAUCAAAGCUGUAGAAGAUGAGAAAUCUUUCUCACUUCAUCAAUAAAGGCACAGAGAUCAUUGUCAUGUUUAAUGUUUAGAAGUUGAUACAAGAAUCGGUAUUGAUCUGUCACAGAGUAAUCAGAAUCUGUGUUGGUUUUCAUAUGUUGCAAUUUUCAGAGAUGAUUCUGUAUGACCACUUAUAUAAAAAAAAAAUAUUUGUUUUGGCAGAUUGAACAUUUACUUAGAUUAAUGCCCUUAUUUUAAAUUGAAAUAUACAAUUUUGUAUUAUUUUUUUUAUAUAUAUAAAAAAUUAACCAUUGGACAAUUUUUGAUUAAAUUUAUCCACAAUGCCGUAGACCAUUGAAUACAAGUAAUUUAUUUGUGAUUAAUCAAUUUGACAUUCUACACAAUUCAAUAGGGCUUAAUAUUAAUUUUUAAACCAAUAAAUCUGAGUUUUUUCACUCUUCAGUUUUACUUGAUGAACUCAGUCAAGGGGGACCUGCAACUGAUAGAUUCUUCUGUUACAGAAAAACACUGAUUCUUGUUCAUGUGUGUAUAAAUGGAGGAAAGUUUUAUAAACACAAAUAUUUUUUUUCGUUGGAUGGUUGCGUACCAUCUGUUUCGCACAUUGGGUUCAUAUUAAGUUAUCUGAAUGUAUAUUCAUUGUAGUAUAAACCUUAAUUUUGUAUGAAUUGACCCAUUUUGUAUGGUGGAUUUUUCAGCAUAGCAUUCUUUUUUGGUAAUUUUCUCAUUUUGUGUUCGGUGAACACUAAUGUAUAAAUGUGAUGUUAAUAUAAGCUUUGAUAGCUUGGGGAAUAAGUCACUUGGAGAAAUGAGAUUGAACGAUGCUAUUUGUUAAGGUCAACAAAUGGAACAGUUGCUGAUGUAAAAAAUACCUUGAAUAUUUUAAAGAAAUUCAGCUCAAGACAAUUGGCCAUUAGACUUAGAAAUUAUUAUGUAGACUGUUAGAGGGAUGGAAUACAUUUGAAAAUAACACACAUUAAUGCAAGUCCAUCAUUUUGCUUUGAUAUGCAUUUACAUGUAAAAAAAAAUAUGUAUGCAGUAUUACAAUUCUGAAUAAUUGGUUGAAAAAUUUGAGUGAUUUUAAUUGCUCAAUAAUUUUUUUUGUACUCACUUUUCAAGAAAAAAUGUUCCCACUUUUGAAUUGCAAAAAAUAUAAUUUUAUUAACUUAACCAAUAACAGUUCCAGGCCAAAGAAUUGUAUUAUAAAUGUGGUAACAAUCACAGACAGAUUUAACAAAAAUCCUAAUUUAUAUCAAACAAAGUUUUGUUGUGAAUUAGAAAAUGCAUAUUUGUUGUACAUUUAAUUGUUUAGUACAUGGCUUUUUAUGUUGCUUUUAUAAUAAUCCUUGAUAAUUGUUGACAAAAAAUAGGGAAAAAACAAACUGGAGUAAAAUAUGUUCAAAAUUUUGAAUACUCCCAAAGUACUUUUUUUUUUUAUUUAAAGUUUAGGAGAUUAAAAAAAAAAAUUUUUGUAGCUACAAGUAAUAGUUUAUGCUGCUUUUUAAUUCUUGUGAAAAUAGUAUUUGGUUAUCGGUGUAUGUGGAAGCUAAUUAGAAAUUAAUUUAUUAUUCAAACUUCAAAUUAAUCAAAAAUCAGCUGUGAAUGUUUGCAAAUUUCCUGUCAUAUGUCACAUAAUUUAUGUUUUUAAAAUGCUCAUGUCUAGUUUGCUAUGUUAAAAAUUUUGAUGAGAAAGUUAAAUGUUUCUCAACCAAAAAAGUGAAAAGAAUGCUCCAAUUUGGGGUUAUAAUAUUAUUACAAAUAUUGUUCAUAUAACAAAAUGACAAUGCAAUUUACAGACAGAAUUGUUAAACCAUCAAAACAGUGUAAAAAAAAGUUAAUUCUGUAGAUUGUGAAAUGAUUUUACAUCAUUGAUAUUUGAGUCAAUACCACUUGACUAAUGUUCAUGAACUAACCAUUUUGUUCUGGUUUGAAGUAAGUUAUAGAGGAAAUUUCAGCUAAAUUAAGACUUUUUGAUCUAGCUGUGAAAUUCCAUCUAGAACAUGUUAUACUGAGAACAAAUGGGCUAUUUACAUGUACUGUGUAUAAAGCGGAAGGAGAUAAAAAUGGAAAAAGCUGAAAAAAGUACAAACCAUUGAAAAAUAUUCCAGAAAAUGGUAUGUUACAAAAACAAUAAAAGUUUGAAGAGUGA